GGAGUUUCAAGCAGACGACAGCAGCGGCGAUUGUCGUGAUGUUUGCGCUCUCAUCUCGAAGCAAGGCUCUCCAGCGAGAAACCCCCAUCAAAGAUAUAGACGAGCGCACGUUCGUGCAAGUGGACGUGUACUUCCAGGAGCGUUCCCUUGGUGUGCAGUUCACACCCGUUCCUAGCGACGUCGUGGCGCCGUUCCAUCUGCAUGCUCAAGUCGCCGACGUUCACCGACUUCCAAAUGGAGAGCGCAGUCCCAUCGACAUGGCCAACCUGCGAGCGCCAACUCCAUCUCGGCGCGUGAGUCGUGGCAUGCGUCUGAGUUGGAUAAACUCGACUCCUCUGACCCACGUCGCUUUCUCCAGCGUCAUCUCCAUGCUCUCGUCAGCGCGUCGGCCUCUUGUCUUGCGCUUUGAAGACUGUCAUCAACCAAGAGGGUUGUCGGCAUCGCCGCCACCACCACCACCACCACUUGCCCUACCGAUCAUGCCCAGCCUUCCACCACCCACGACGCCUCUUCCACCUCACUCCCUUUCUUGGAUUACUCCAUAUAUUGCAAUGGUUGGCGUCAUCUUUCCCCCAGGACGUCUGGGUCUGCACCUGGCGCCAAUAUGUGACGACGUUAUAUCACGUUGUCACAGCCUAUCGACUCGAAUUGCGGCGCUCGUUCCCCAUCCCCUGGGCGUCCCGACACUCGCCAGUCGGUACAACGCUGUCGCAUAUGACCAAGGCCACAUGCGCUUAACCCCAGGCCUCGCCAUCGCCGCCAUCAAUUUCCACUCUGUCGCAGGACUCUGUCAUUCCGACGUUGUCGAUCGGAUUCGACGGCUCGUACGACCGACGACUUUGCACUUUUGCGACCUCUCCAAAGGAAUUUCUCAUGACGUGGCAGCAUCAGAAACGUCGAGUUUGCCGGUGAGAAUUCCGUGGAACGCUACACCUACCCAACAACUCACCACUUUGGAACAACCACCCGACCACACGUCUAUGGCCACUAGUACUAGUAGUACUAGUAGUACUAGUAGUAGUAGUAUUACUACUAGUACAAAGUUGGUUGUGGGAGCUACAACUGCCGUAGCUCCAUGUGGCAGUUCAUUAUAUAUGGGUAGCCAUGUAUUAGCAAUGGCACGUGUCCACCCAACACCCCCACGAUCUGUGAGACACGCACCAAAUGUCCCGAAUCGGUCCGUGUAUUCGUGGAUAUGGAGCACCCAAGUCGAGUUUUGUGAGAUAUUGUAUGGCAUGAAAACCCAAGAAUACACGGGCUCGGACUUUGCAGAAUUCCACGUCGAACUUGAUGCCAUCCCCCCUGAUGGCGCUUUGGCCAAGUGGAAUGCCAACGCUCCCACGUUGGAGGUGGUGGCAACCAUGCGACUGGUUUGUAUUGGUAACCAAGGCCUGCAACAUAAAUCCUAUGACCAAGUGCUCGCGUUGCUACGAUCAGCCAGUCGCCCUGUAUCUAUAACGUUUGCCGACACGAGCAAAAGCACUGUGGAAGACAAGGAAUACGAAGCGUAUAUGGAAAGCGUGAAACCGGUUGCUGCCACGUCAUCAUGGUGGGGUACCAGUGCAGCAGCGCUGGUCCGCCCAGUACAAUAUUUGGUCCCCAUUUCCAUAUCAUUUAACGAUGGUCCACUUGGAUUGGAAACGCAAGAUGUUUCGGAAACAAGGAGCAACGUUCCGUUAUAUGUCCAAGUACAUGCAAUCGUGCAGAUCCUCGAGUCUGGCGAGUUUGGUCCAGUGUCGCGGUAUAAUUGGUCCCACCCUGCCGCCUUACGACUCCACCCCGGCAUGCGAAUCUACCAAGUGAAUGCCAAAGUGAUGUGGCAAUGUUCUUAUAACGAGGUGCUCGACGCCAUCCGCCACGCCCACCGGCCCGUGGUCGUCGUGUUUGUCAACAUCGACGGCCCAACCUGCUGUGACUCGAUACAAGAGCUCAAAGACACCUCGAUACAAGAACUCAAAGACCACUCGAUACUAGAACAUCAGCAAUUGUAUCGUCGGCACAUGUACCAACUGGAUGCUAUCGACACCCUAGAGGCUGCCCAGGACAUGAGGAGGUUGUACUGGGUGCAGCAGAUUCGCCAUCUCAACCAAUUCCAAGCGCUGGUGGCUGCCAAAGUGCUCCGAAUGAACCGGAUACUGGCGGAUCUAGCCAAUCACAGUGUUGCAUGGCAUCACCGUAUCGCAGAUUUGAACCACGACAGACAACGGUACCAGAGUCUCCUCGAUGCCUUGGCUGCGCAAGCCCAAGGCCAGAUGGACAAUCCAUUGUUGAUUCGAGCCAACCGAUUGGACGAACGGGCGACGAAACUACACGACCGCGUGAGAAAACUAGAGGCGGACCACAAAAAGUUAAAAGUUCGCCAUAAAGGAUUGACCAAUCAGCGUCAAGAACUGGAGGCGAUGCUGCCCAAUGAGGACGAAGAGGAGAAAGUUUCACAAGCACGAAAGACAGCGGCUAAGCUGUUUGAUGUGGAUAUAUUGUUGCCAUUGCAAGAUCAAUUGGCGUUGUUCAAGCGACAUUUCAAAGAUGUGCAGAAGGAAUACCAGCAAGAAGACCGCCGGCGUCAACUCGUGCAGCGCGAAGUCGCGUACAUGCGACAACAUGUGAAAUCGCUCGUCAAAGCCGAAAAAAAGAUGAAAAAAACAGCCAAACUAAAACCUUCCAAAACUGAUACUCGCAUUUCGACCCUACGCGAGAAAUUGAAAUCCAUCAACGACCAACUGGCCGCAGCGGCCGACAGCGGAGAUAACGAGCAUGCUGCCAAGCUAUCCAAGCGCCGUAAGCACCUGACAAAGGAGCUCCGAGCAGCCCUAUACGACCAAGACAAGAAAAAUACUUUAAAAGUGCCUUCGAAAGGGUUUUAUAAGACCAAUAACGUCAUCGCAGAAAUGAAUCAUCCACAGCCCACGACCCCAACAACCAAAGCCCGACCACUGGCUUAUUUCUUUAUUGACGGAACUCUCGAUAAGCACCCGACCAUUUCGAACGAAACAGAUAUAUUUACCAGUGGGUGGAAACACUUCAAGAAGGCGUACCCUCGAUACUGCACUAUCACUACCCACGGAUCCCUAGCUUAUUUCAGGCAGCCAGGGGAUGCCCACGCUCGCGGCGAGCUGAACCUGGCCGACCGGUCGUUGGAAAUUGCAGUCCACGGCUGCGAGUUUACAUUGUGCACAAACACGGAAAGCACGAAAUUCCACGCGAAAUCGACCCGCGACUGUCGAAAAUGGGUCGACGCCAUCCAAGCUGCCAAUGCUCACUUUACCAAAACCCAUAAGUCUAUGACUAAAACAUAACAAAAAGUACACUGUUCAAACCAUGUGGUGGCAGUCCU